AUGGAUCCUCUCUACGAACUGCUCGCUCCCUACUUCGACAACUCAGAAUCACCACCCUCACCGCGAAAUGCACAGACUUCGGCCUACCUCACACGGCUCAGCACGCUCUCCCUACCAGACCUCACCUCGACCGAGCCAUCAUCGCUUCUACAGUCAGCUCAGUCUCAUCUACGUAACCUCCAGGCACUCUCGAAGCGGUCACACAAAGCUGUGAUAUCGUCGUCCUCACACCUCUCCAACCUUUCAUCCCUUCUUCCAGAGUUUGGAGCGCAAUCGAAGACAUUAAACGAUGAUCUACCAGAGCUAGAGGCUGCAGCCUCCGCCUUCGCGCAGAAAUACGACAGGAGCACAGAGAAUACCGUUCUGGAUAGGAGAAAAAGAGCAGCGCUACUGUCGCGGAACGUGGACAGAGUAUCGGACGUGCUGGACUUGCCAUCUCUGCUCUCGUCAACCGUGAGCGCUGCGCAAGCUUCAAGCUCGGGAGCUCCUACAGCUGGGGGCUCUGUUACCUCAUAUGCUUCUGCAUUGGAUAUCCACGCCCACAUCAAGCGCUUAAAAGCCCUGUACCCGCAGUCCGAGCUCGUUGCAAAUGUCUCAUUGCAGUCGGAGCAGGAGAUGCAGAAUCUUGCUACUAUCCUGAUCACUUCGCUGCAGAGCCAAUCGCUGAAGCUCGCGGCGGCCAUGCGAACGGUUGGGUGGUUACGACGAGUUGCUCCAGAGUUGGCGGAGGACGAGUACAGGGCAUCUCAAUCUGGCGCGCUCUCAAUGAAGUCGUUGACGCUCUCGCCGAAUGCGGUCAACGACGAUGGAGCUCUGGGAUCUCUUUUCUUGGUCUGCCGGAUACAUACACUACAAAAGACCCUAAAAGCACUGGAUCCACUCCGAGAUCUUGCCGACCAGGAGACAGACCAGCGAAAAUCACAGUCCAAUACGCAUGGCAAGAGUGCCAAGCAAAGUGGACAAAACACAAACUCAUCGGGCAGUCAAAGCGAACGCUACCUAAAACGCUACAUUGAAGUGUUUCGAGAACAGAGCUUCAGCAUCAUGAGCAUGUACAAGAGCAUUUUUCCAUCCAACUUACCAAGCCCAGAGCAAGGGAAUAGUGAGGAAGAGAUUGCCGGAUUGGAACAUCAAGAUCCGUUGUUGCCCCUUCCAUCAGCUGUGUCCUCCUUCGCACUGCAUUUGGUGGAUAUGCUGGAGGCGACGCUUCGGGAGUACCUUCCAAACAUCACCGACAAGUCAGCUCGGGAGUCUCUGCUGACUCAAGUACUCUACUGCGCCGGCAGUCUGGGCAGAUUAGGAGCAGACUUUGGCAUGAUGGUGGCUUUGCUCGAAGACGACAUCGCAGAUGAGCAAGACCAAGCAGAGACCGACCAAGCUGAAGAUCCCGAGUGGGUCCAAGUCAUGAAGAAGCAUCGAGUGCAAGCGAGCCGGCUCGAAGUUCUAGCACGAGGCGUUGGCUCAGGCAGGAAAACCAGCAUGGAAGUGCAGCCGCCGUUGGCGACGUCUUCCUCCCCUUCACCCUUGGCGGCUUGA